AUGGACAUCAAAGGGCCAGAAGGACAACUGAAGGGCCCCAAGGUGAAGAUGCCUGAGAUGAGCAUCAAGACCCCCCAGAUCUCCAUGCCUGACAUCGACCUCAGCCUCAAAGGGCCCAAAGUCAAGGGAGACCUGGAUGUGUCCGUCCCAAAACUGGAAGGAGAGCUGAAAGCUCCUGGGCUGGACAUCAAAGGCCCCAAAGUCGACGUUGAAGUUCCAGACGUGGACGUUCACGGCCCAGAGGGCAAACUGAAGUUCCCCAAGCUGAAGAUGCCCAAAUUUGGGGUGAAGGGAGAGAGCCCCAACGUGGAGGUGGCACUCCCCAAGGGGGAGGUGGACAUUUCUGGUCCCAAGGUGGACAUUGGUGUUCCAAACAUGGACAUCAAAGGGCCAGAAGGACAACUGAAGGGCCCCAAGUUUAAAAUGCCUGAACUGAACGUUCAGAGCCCCAAACUGUCCAUGCCAGACGUGGAUCUUGGCUUGAAGGUCCCAAAACUGAAAGGAGACGUUGGAGUUCCUGGUGUGAAGAUCUCUGGAGAGCUGAAAGGUCCCAAAGUAGACGUGGGAAGUCCCAAAGUAGAUGUGGAAGGUCCCAAGGUGGAUGUGGAAGGUCUCAGGGUGGAUGUGGAAGGUCCCAGGGUGGAUGUGGAUAUGCCUGAGGUGGAUUUGGAAUGUCCAGAAGGGAAGAUAAAAGGUCCCAAGUUUAAGAUGCCGAAGCUUAACGUGAAGUCGCCCAAAAUCUCCGUGCCGGACGUGGACCUGAACCUGAAAGGCCACAGGGUGAAGGGGGAGAUGGACAUUUCCCUCCCCAAGGUGGAAGGUGAUGUUGGUGUUGACAUCAAGGGGCCGAAACUGGACGUGGAGGUCCCAGAUGUCAACCUGGAGGGUGCCGAGGCCAAGCUGAAGAUGCCCAAGGUGAAAAUGCCUCACUGGAACGUGUCUGGCCCCAAACUUGAGGGGCCUGAGGUGGAUGUGAACUUACCCAAAGGAGACUUGGAAGUUUCUGGCCCAGAGGUGGAUGUGGAAGGACCUGAGGUGGAGGUUGGAGGAGUAGAAGGGAAGUGGAAAGGUCCCAAAUUUCGGAUGCCCAAGCUGAACAUCAAAACGCCCAAAAUCUCCGUGCCCGACGUGGACCUGAACCUGAAAGGACCCAAAGUGAAGGGAGAGGUGGAGGUGGCAGCUACAAAGCUCGAGGGAGACCUGAAGGGCCCAGAAAUAGACCUCAAGGGGCCAAAGGUGGAGGUGGAGGUGCCCAACGUGGACGUGGAGCUCCCGGAGGGGAAGAUCAAGGGCCCCAAGUUCAAGAUGCCUGAGAUGCACAUCAAGCCCCAGAAGAUCUCCAUGCCUGACGUGGACAUCCACCUGAAGGGCCCCAAG